GCCCGCCCGCACAGCUGUGGGCGGCGCUGGGCUAGGCGGGCGGGCGCUUAGACGGCCGUUUCCUGUCCUGGUGCAUGGUGGUCGGACGGAGGAAUUGUUGGAAAAUUUCUCGGCGAGGUAGACAAUGUUAUUAGCCCAGAUAAAUCGAGAUUCUCAGGGAAUGACAGAAUUUUCUGGAGGAGGGAUGGAGGCUCAGCAUGUUACUCUGUGCUUGACGGAAGCUGUAGCGGUACAAGAUGGAGAUAACUUGGACAACAUGGAAGGAGUAAGCUUACAAGCAGUUACACUUUCUGAUGGUUCCACUGCCUAUAUACAACAUAAUUCCAAAGAUGGCAAAUUAAUGGAUGGCCAGGUGAUUCAGCUAGAAGAUGGCUCAGCAGCCUAUGUCCAACAUGUCCCCAUGUCUAAAAGUAGCACAGGAGAUAGUCUUCGUCUAGAAGAUGGACAGGCAGUUCAGCUUGAAGAUGGAACAACAGCUUUCAUUCAUCACACUUCAAAAGACAGUUAUGACCAGAGUGCACUGCAGGCGGUACAGCUGGAAGACGGAACCACCGCUUACAUUCACCAUACGGUGCAGGUACCCCAGUCGGAUACCAUCUUAGCUAUUCAGGCCGAUGGCACAGUGGCAGGUCUUCAUACAGGAGAUGCUACCAUCGAUCCAGAUACAAUCACCGCUUUGGAACAAUAUGCAGCAAAGGUGUCUAUUGAUGGAAGUGACAGUGUUAGCAGCACUGGGAUGAUAGGCGACAGUGAACAAGAUAAAAAAAUGCAGAUUGUCCUGCAAAGCCAUAGCACAAGAGUGACAGCUAAAUCACAGCCAAGUGGGGACAAGGCUUUUCGAUGUGACUACGAUGGCUGCGGAAAAUUGUAUACCACUGCUCAUCAUCUAAAGGUACAUGAAAGGUCGCACACAGGAGAUCGGCCAUAUCAGUGUGAACACCCAGGUUGCGGCAAAGCAUUCGCAACAGGUUAUGGACUAAAAAGCCAUGUCCGAACCCACACUGGAGAGAAGCCAUAUCGGUGUUCAGAAGAGAACUGCACAAAGUCAUUUAAGACUUCAGGAGAUCUACAGAAACAUAUCAGAACACACACAGGUGAAAGACCAUUCAAAUGCCCCUUUGAAGGAUGUGGGAGGUCAUUCACAACAUCUAAUAUUAGAAAGGUUCACAUCAGGACACACACAGGGGAAAGACCCUAUUAUUGUACGGAGCCAGGAUGUGGGAGAGCCUUUGCCAGUGCAACUAAUUACAAGAACCAUGUGAGAAUACAUACAGGAGAGAAGCCUUAUGUAUGUACAGUCCCUGGCUGCGAUAAACGCUUUACAGAAUAUUCCAGUUUAUAUAAACAUCAUGUCGUACAUACACAUUCCAAACCAUACAACUGUAAUCACUGUGGGAAAACAUAUAAACAAAUUUCUACACUCGCAAUGCACAAGCGGACCGCACACAAUGAUACAGAGCCAAUAGAAGAGGAGCAAGAAGCGUUUUUUGAGCCACCUCCAGGUCAAGGUGAAGAUGUUCUCAAAGGAUCACAGAUAACAUACGUAACAGGUGUAGAAGGAGAUGAUGUCGUUUCUGCACAGGUCGCUACAGUGACUCAAACAGGGCUCAGUCAGCAAGUGGCACUUAUUUCCCAAGAUGGAACUCAGCAUGUUAACUUAUCUCAGGCUGACAUGCAGGCCAUUGGAAAUACAAUCACUAUGGUAACACAAGAUGGCACUACCAUCACAGUCCCUGCCCACGAUGCUGUUAUUUCUUCUGCAGGGACACAUUCUGUUGCGAUGGUUACAGCAGAGGGCACUGAAGGACAACAGGUUGCCAUUGUGGCUCAAGAUUUAGCAGCUUUCCAUGGUGGUUCGCCUGAAAUUGGACAUCAGCAACAUGGGCAUCAUUUAGUUACAGCAGAAACUAGACCUGUUACCUUGCUGGCUACGUCCAAUGGAACACAGAUUGCAGUGCAGCUUGGAGAACAGCAGUCUUUGGAAGAAGCCAUUAGAAUAGCUUCUAGAAUACAACAAGGUGAAACACCAGGAAUUGAUGAUUAACUCUUCCCAAAAGAACAGUGGAAUUACUUAUAUUUUAUUUUCAAUCAUCAAAUGUCUGUGCCAACUGACAUCCAUAAAAAGUUUUAACAUGUUCUUGCUCACUAAUACUGUGCACACUUUUUAUGCAAGAGUGAAGAACAUUUCAUGUCUGUAAUGUUUGUGUACACGAACAUUGGGAAAUAGAUGAAUUCCACCUAUCAGACUGAUUCUCUAUUCCAGGAGUAUGGAAUUAGGAUUUCCUGCUUAGAUUUCCUUUGCCUAUAAUUACAUCAGAUUCCAGACCAGGCUACAGGCAAACUGCAUCUGCUUUAGAACUACUGGAAUUAAUUUAAAGCUGCACGAAACCGAAUGAAGGCAUUACCGAAGAUUUCAAAUGUUUAAACCAUAACAAAAAUCAUCAUUUCAAAAACGUUUUGCAAACAGAACACUUUUUAUUGGUUCCUAAUUUACAGAAGAGUUUUGAAUUUUGAGACCUUUGUAAAUAGUACAUUUUGAAUUGUGUUUCAUACACAAGUUGAAGAUGCAUCUUAUUUAGUUUUUGCCUCCUGUCUCACUGAUUGUAAAUACAGACUGUUCAUGCUGGAAGUGCUAAAUAUAUU